GUGUACGCUGUCGGCGCAGUGAGGGGGGGAUGGCGGCGGAGCCGGGUACCAGCGAGGUGCGGCAGCAGCACCGCUUCGACCAGGAGAGCUUGGAGCGGUACCUGUGCAGCCACCUGCCCGACUUCCCUCGGCAUCCCGCGGGGGCUCUGGCUGUCAGGCAGUACAGCUCAGGCCAGUCAAAUCCAACAUUUUAUCUUCAGAAGGGUGGGCAGGCUUAUGUGCUCAGGAAGAAGCCCCAUGGCCCCCUUUUACCUAGAGCUCACAAGGUUGAUAGAGAAUAUCAUGUGCAGAAAGCCUUAUAUUCAGCUGGAUUUCCAGUGCCUGAGCCCCUGUUGUAUUGCAGUGAUGUUUCUGUCAUUGGAACAGAAUUUUAUGUAAUGCAGCAUGUGCAGGGUCGCAUCUUCCGAGACCUCUCGCUGCCUGAAGUGGGCCCAGCAGAGCGUUCUGCUUUGUAUAUUGCAAUCAUAGAAACUUUGGCCUUGUUGCACUCCUUUGAUUUACAGUCAUUGGGUCUCCAAGGAUAUGGUAGAGGACCAGGAUACUGCAGAAGACAGGUAUCAACUUGGAAAAGACAGUAUGAUGCAGCUGCUCAUGCAGACAUUCCUGCCAUGAACAAGCUGGCUGAGUGGUUAGCAAACAACUUGCCACCUGAUGAUAAUGAAGAAAGCCUGAUUCAUGGGGACUUUAGAAUAGAUAACAUCAUCUUCCACCCAACAGAGGCUCGUGUUUUGGCAGUGCUGGACUGGGAACUUUCAACUGCUGGUCAUCCUUUAGCAGAUUUAGCAUACGCCACUGCAUUCUACUUUUGGCCUACCUCUAUUAAGAACUUAGCUCAAGGAACUUUCUUGGGUUUCAAAGACACCAUAGAAACUCCGUCAUUUGAAGAACUGGUUUCCACUUACUGCCGCUGCCGGGGUAUUAGCACCACUUUAUCGAACUUUAAUUUUUUUCUUGCUUUGUCAUGUUUCAAAAUGGCAGCAAUAGCCCAGGGUAUAUAUGCUAGAUAUCUCAUUGGAAAUGCUUCUGCAGAGAAUAGUCAUGAAUUUGCUAAGAUUGUGAAGCCUUUGGCAGAGAGAGGGUUAGAGCUGUCAAAAAGGUCAUCUUUCAGCAGCGCACAUCACAGCAUUUCUGGAGAGUUGUUCUGUCAAAGUAGGAAAGGCCAAGAAAUUUUGUUGAAAGUCAAGCAGUUCAUGAAGCAGCACAUAUAUCCAGCUGAGAAGGAAAUAAUAAAUUACUAUUCUGGACAUGGAAAUACUGAGGAAAAGUGGAAGAAACCACCCGUGCUUGAGAGACUGAAGGAAAUGGCCAAAGCAGAAGGUCUGUGGAACCUUUUUCUCCCAGAUGUCAGUGGUCUCAGCCAGCUUGACUAUGCGCUAAUAGCUGAGGAGACGGGGAAAUGCUUCUUUGCUCCUGAGGUUUUCAACUGUCAUGCCCCAGACACUGGAAACAUGGAGGUCCUGCACAUGUACGGGACUGAAGAGCAAAAGAAAGAGUGGCUGGAGCCUCUCCUAGAAGGGAAGAUUAGUUCUUGCUUCUGCAUGACAGAACCUGAUGUGGCUUCAAGUGAUGCCACCAAUAUGCAAUGCAGCAUUGAGCGAGACGGAAACAGUUAUGUGAUCAAUGGCAAGAAGUGGUGGAGCAGUGGUGCUGGGAACCCAAAUUGCAAAGUUGCGAUUGUAAUGGGCAAAACCAAAAACUCCUCAGCAUCCAGGUACGAGCAGCACAGUAUGAUUAUUGUUCCCAUGGACACUCCAGGGCUGAAGUUGAUAAGACCUCUCUCAGUGUUUGGUUACCUGGAUGAGAUCCAUGGAGGACAUUUUGAGAUACACUUUAAUGAUGUGCGAGUACCUGUCUCCAAUAUAAUACUGGGUGAGGGCAGGGGAUUUGAGAUAGCUCAAGGUCGGCUUGGGCCAGGCCGUAUUCAUCACUGCAUGAGGUCCCUUGGUGCCGCUGAAACUGCUCUACAGAUAAUGUGCCAGCGCGCAGCACAGAGGGAGACUUUCGGCAAGAAACUGUAUCACCACGAAGUUAUUGCCCACUGGAUCGCUGAAUGCCGGCUUAGCAUAGAACAGGCUCGACUGCUUACGCUGAAAACAGCCAGCAAGAUCGACAUGCUGGGCAACAGAAAAGCCAGAAAAGAGGUAGCCAUGACCAAAGUGGUUGUCCCUCGAGCUGUGCUUAAAGUGAUUGACUGUGCCAUCCAAGUCUGUGGCGGAGCUGGAGUUUCCCAGGAUUUUCCUUUGGCUUUUAUGUUUGCUUAUAUGAGGACCUUGCGCCUGGCAGAUGGGCCCGAUGAAGUUCAUCUCUCAACAAUUGCAAGGUGGGAACUGCUCGAUCAGUCAAAGAAACUAACUGCAAAAAUCUAAUGUCAGCAUAAAGCCAUCUCAAAUGGAUGUUCAGUGCAAUAAUGUUUAGGGUAAAAUUGAACGAAUACAAAAACUUAAUUCUAGCUUGAAGCAAUAGAUAUUCUCUCAACUUUUACUUGUCAUUACUACACUUAAUCAGAGACUUGCUUUUAAGAAUUUGCAGAAUGCCAUGUAAAUACCAGAAUCUGGGUUCUUUAUAACACUAAAUAAAAUCUAUUUUCCAACAGUCCUAAAGUGCUUUAUUUGCUCUGAGCCAAAGCCCUCUUUAUCCUUUUAUUGUACACAAAGCAGUUUUGACUCAGCAGUUUCACCCAAUUUAGUUUACUGCAAGCUAGGAUAAACUUUUAAUUAUUGAUUAAAUGGCAAUUAAACACUUAGGGUAAUGCCUUUCUUUUCCCUUUCUAAAGCUCAGCUGCAUCCAACCCUCUCUUCUCCCCAGUUCCUGCCCUCAGCUGCCCUGCUUUUCACUGACGCUACACUCAGACCUUCCCUCACCUCCCCUCACGUGAGGCUGGGGGCAGCAUGGGAGGUCAGCUGUAGCUGCUCCUCGGCUGUGUUCCUCCAGAUGCAUCUCCUCACCUUUUUCCUUAUCGAUAGAUGCCCCUUUUGUCUUCCCUUCUGUGUCUCCUUUUGUGCAUCCUCACAAGCCUCCUCCUGGCUGCUGGCCUCAGCUGCUCCCAGCCUUUCUUAAAUAUGUCUAAGCAUAGAGGCAGCACCUUCCCUUCUGAGAAGCUGAAGUUUUGGCACAGGGCAGUUCCUGGCCUCCUCUGCUACCAAAACAGGCUCUGCCAUUUGUGCCCAAUACACCUUUGUGAAGUUGCCAAGAGUUCCUCAGCUCUGCUUCUGGAACAAUCCUCUUUGACAUUAGUUACUUACAAGAGAACUUUUUCAUCCAGGCAGAUCACAGCAUGCUGUGGCAGGGGUAGUUCUGCUUCCUAUAACCUUAGGACAAUCACUUUUCAACUUACAUAGGGCUGAUCAACAAUUAGCUUAAGGAUACAAGCGUUUACUUUUCGCAUGAACAAACCAGCCACCUUAGCGUAGUGUGUUGGAGAGAAGAUGUCCUGUUUGGCUCAGUCUCCAGGAUGAGACUUCAUCAGUUCUGUCCUUGAGCCCACAGCCAAGACUUCACCUGAAGGGUGUUUGAACAAAGGCUGCUGAAGUCGGGCAGGGUGGUACAGUUCCAGAGUACCUAGAACUGAGGGCAUUCCUCAAAUAAGUUUCUUACCUUAUAUCAAUUCAUUAUACCUAAAAACAAGAUUAUAGUCUCUCUUGAGAAAGCAAUAAUUAUUGUUUCUAUUUCCAUCCA